AUGGGUGAAAAUGAUACAACCCCCGUCGCUGCCCUCCAAGAAUUGGCAGUGAAAGGGGGUUUCCGCAAACCCUAUUACGAAUUGAUGUCCCAAUCAAUUGGAUCUGAUACGGAUACGAGCCGAUUCCAGUGCUUAGUCACAGCUGCUGGAAUAAAAGCUUCUGGAAGUGGCUGGUCUAAACAAACCAGCAAAAACCAGGCAGCACAGAGGGUCUUGAUGAAGAUGGGCAUUGAAGUACCAUACGAAACUCCAGCGACCUUCUUCUUCAAGAUGGCUUCAAGGGCUUCGGAGGAAGCUCUAAAGCGUGAAAAAAGUAAAUAUUUAUAA